AUGAGGCAUCAACAGAAGAAGUUGCUGGCUCUGCAGAAGUUAGCGAGCCAGUACCUAAAGAGAGACUGGCCUGCAAUCAACCCUGAUGACCAGAGAACAGACUACAGGAAUGUGUAUGCAGUGUGGAGGUCCUACUUAGAAGGUACAGUGCAGGUGAGCCAGUCCAGGCUCAACGUGUGUGACAACUACAAAAUUCAAGUGUCAGAGCCUGCGAAGACUGUCAGACUCUACAAGGAGCAGCAACUCAAAAAGACCAUCGAUCAGUUGAGUGGAAUUCAAGCCGAGCUGCAGGAGUCAGUGAAGGAGUUGGCCAAAGCCAAGAAAAAAUACUACGACAGUGAGCAGGUUGCCCACGCUGUACGAGAGAAAGCUGACAUAGAGGCCAAGUCGAAACUGGGUCUUUUUCAAUCAAGAAUUAGUUUACAGAAAGCAAGUGUUAAGUUGAAAGCAAAGAGAAGUGACUGUAACUCCAAGGCGACACAAGCCAGGAACGACUACUUGCUAACGCUAGCUGCUGCCAACGCUCACCAUGACCGCUACUACCAUACAGAUCUACUGCACUGCAUACAGGCCUUGGACGGCAGGAUCUAUGAGCAUGUUAAAGACUACCUGGUAGAGCUGAGUCGCACCGAGCUAGAGGCCUCCCAAGCCUCACACAACACCUUCCAGUUCUUGUUGGACAAAUCCACAAGGAUAAUACAAGAAUACAACCAGCAGUUGUUCAUGCAGGAGAACCCAGUGUUCCACAAAGCACACGACUUCCAGUUCCAGCCCAGCGAUUGUGACGCGAGUCGUCAGCUGGAGUCGGAGACGGGGACGACGGAGGAGCACAGUCUGAACAAGGAGGCCAGGAAAUGGGCAACCAGAGUGGCCCGAGAACACAAGAACAUCAUACAUUACAAGAGAUGUCUGGAGGAGUGUGAGGGUCAUGGCUUGCCCCCUACAGAGCAGGGCAGACUAGAUCUGGAGUUGAAGAUAGAAGACACCAAAGAAAACAUACGCAAAGCUGAGACAAUAAAGUUAAGAGCUGAGGCUCGGUUGGACCUUCUACGGCAAGUGGGGGUUGCUGUGGAUACCUGGCUGAAGAGCGCCAUGAACCAGGUGAUGGAAGAGCUGGAGAAUGAACGUUGGGCCAACUACACUUCCCACGACCCCUCACUGUCGGGCACAGUGGAUUUGGAGCGUGAGGAGGGAGAGGAGUGUGAAGAAAACAUGGAGGUUUUUGACGACAGCAGCUCCAGUCCUUCAGGAACCCUCCGAAACUACCCGCUAACCUGCAAAGUCCUGUACUCGUACAAGGCUUCUCAGCCGGAUGAGUUAACUAUUGAUGAACAGGAGAUGCUGGAGGUCAUUGAAGAUGGAGACAUGGAGGACUGGGUCAAGGCUCGCAAUAAGACAGGUAAUGUUGGGUAUGUCCCGGAGAAAUACCUGCAGUUCCCGACCUCCAACAGUCUGCUGAGCAUGCUCCAGUCUCUGGCUACACUCGAUGCUCGAUCGCACACCUCGUCCAAUUCCACAGAGCCGGAGCUGCACUCCGGCUGCAUCAAUGGAGACACAAACAUGAUUUAUGUCCGUGCACUUUAUGAUUACGAGGGCCAGGCAGAAGAGGAACUCUCCUUUUCCGAGGGAGCGGUGAUCCGCCUGUUAAACCGCGACACUCAAACGGAUGACGGUUUCUGGGAGGGGGAGCUCAACGGACGGGUGGGCGUCUUCCCCUCCGUGCUGGUAGAAGAUCUCACCGAGAAUGGGGAGACCAGUGGAGGAGGGCCUGGUGACAUACAGAUUUCUCCGUCGCUGAAGUUGCCGUGUUCUCUGCCACAUCUCCCGCUGUAUGAACAACCUCCCAUCAGCCCUUUCACCAGCCCCGAGACCCCCACCCCGCCUCCUCUCCCACGCUCACCCUCCGCCGCACUUAACGGGGAGCACAAGCCUCCACCGCCCGCCUCGUCACAUAAGGGACCGCUACCAACCCACAAUCAAAGCUCUGCCAAGAGUCCAGUGUCUCCAGGAUUUACUCAACCACUGCGAUUCACCCCAGAAGGAGGCCCGGGCAAACUACGACCUGUGCGAGCUGCUCCUCCUCCACCCAAACAGCACCCCCGCCGAUCGCAGGAGAAGAGCGACAAAACAGAGGAGGUGGAGAUCACACUGGUGUGACAGAUAGACAAGCUGGCACGCAGUUACAGAGACAGAAAAAAUGAAAACAGAUGACAGACUGAUGCAUCCUACAGACUGGAGAACUGAACUGCUCUGAACUGACGUCAGCUUAAACAAAGUGAUGUGAAAUAAACUGAACUGAACCAUCGUCUCUCCACAUCUUCUCUCCUCCUCAAGUUGAGGGGAGAGCAAAGAGGGGGGAUGAGGCAGUGUUUUCAAUUGAAUAAUCUCCGUAUUAGCUUCCUAAUGAAGUGCAGCAGCAGCCUCCCCAGCACCCUCUGCCCUCAACCCGUCCUUCCAUUCUUGCCUUAAAACUUAACCUCAUCGGGCAGCAAACCAGAGCACACUGAAGAGGAGGAAGAGGAGGAAGAGGAGGAAGAAUGUUUAGAGGGGGAGAGCAUGAGGUGAAGUUAAUGAUGGGUUUGGCAAGUUUUACUUUAUCUUGUUAACACUUACUUCAAGAUAUGGUAAAGCAAUUUAUCCGUCUGUACAGGAAGAUCAUUUGCUACAUUUGAGAAAUUCCACUUUUACCAAAUGAUAAUGAAACAUGUAAAAAAGUUAUGGAGCCCUGAAACUGACAAAAUUUAGUAAAGAGUUAUACUACAUGUAUAGAGGACAGGUCAAAAAUGUAAUGCAUAAUCAAAUUGUUAGCUAAAAAUGUAAAUGGCUUGUAGAAAGAAGUGUAUUUAAUUAUUAAUUUAUUUUUUUCCAUGCAACGUUUGUUUUUCCUUAUACAUAUACCAUUUAAGAAUGAGGAAAAAUUGCUUAUAUUUUGAGCAAAGAAGAGGGCUGUGUGGCUAGCUAGCCUAACUGACAACAGUAGGAACUAAACAUGCUGAGCAUGAGCCUUUUCAGCUAGCUACCUAGCUGAAGCUAAUUGUCUCAAACUACACCAGCGGGGGCAUGUUAUGUUAAACAUCCCUGUGACUAUACUUCAUACUCCUGUAAUAUCACUCUAUAAACUCUUAUGCAACUAUAAACUAUGCAUAUUAGCCUGCAGACACCAACAAAGCUAGCUAGCUAGAGCUUGGAACUUUAAUCUUUGACGUUUUGAUAACAGACAUAAAAAUCACACACAUCUACAAAAUGCUGUCAAAGUAAAGACCAGGAUUUUUUUUUUCACUGUGGUCGUCAAUAAAACAAGAGAAAUACACUAAAAGGUGAAAAUGUUGUGAAGAAAGAAGCAUGUCUUUACAGUAUGUAAACUUAUACAUUAAUGGUACAGCAGCAGCAUUUGAAGUACAGUGUACUGCUGAUCAAGAUUAGGAGCAGUAGCCGGUGUAGUUUCAUGCCAAAAGCCAGCUUCAGCUUGGUAGCUAGCAAAAAAGGCCUGUGCUCCGUUUACCCUCCCGUUUUUAGGUAAGCUAGCUAAUGUAACGUUAGCCACAUAGUGUUAUGUGGGAAGGAAAUUAGGGAAUAGAUAAAUAAGUAAACAUUUGCCAAGACCAAAAUAUAGGGCAAAAAAAUAUUUAGACAACUAAAUUAGUUUGUGAAAAAAUAAGAUUAAAAUACAUCAAGUAUAUUUUGGACUUAUUUGACAUCUUUUACUAUAGUUUGAGUGUCGGGGCUCCAUAAAAAGUAAGCUUGUUGAGAGUCAAUAAGUAUAAAACUUGCCAAACGUGUCAUGAUUUGGAUUGCAGUUGAGGUCAAAGUAAAUGGACAGAGAAACUGGGUGGUGUGUGGACGCAGUGUCCCCCCCCUCACCAGCCCUUCCCUCGCCAUAUAUAAACUCCUUAUCGUCAAACGUAUUCAAUGUGUAUUAGUACAGUACAUUACUGUUGUCAUAGGAAUGUUAUGCACAGAGUUUCAUAUAGACUAACUCAGCUGUUUGGAAUACCAUGUCUGAUAUGUAGUGGAAGUUUUAUCCUCAUCUUAUACUGAAAGGGCAUUGUAAAUACAGUAUGAAGGAGAGAUGAAAGAAGAGAAGGGAAGGAGAGGAUGAAAGAACAAGAGAGAAAACGGAGGCUGGAUCCUCCUUUCUGCUCUUUUCUACACCUCUCUUCCCGCUGUUCCUUUCACACUCUCCCUCUUUUCUCUAAUGUCUGUUUUGUCCAUUGGCAGUCAGUGUGAAACGAUGGCUAUCAUAUAUACACAUCCAGUUACAUUAUAUUAUGCACACAUUACUAUAUCUUCUCUCCUGUGAACCGCUGUGUGCUUGUCUCACUGAUCGGUCACGGAGGAGGCAGAUGGUGCUUUCAAAGGCACUGAAAUGGUUGGUAUUCACUAUGUGGUGACAACAAAGAUUUUAUUUGAGAUGAAAUAGACGCUCAUCAAUUUUUAUUAAUCACAGAAUGAACUGUAUAGCUUUUAACCCUACAGACCAUAUCUCCUCUCACACUGAUUUUGUUCAUUUGAUCAGUUCACCUUUUAUUUAUAUCGUUGUUUAGUUGACACGCAUUACAUUCGCAGGUAUUAGCUUUCUCUGUUGUCUAGCCAAGCAACUCUAUCACAUCACGGAGUGAAUCUGUUUUUUGUUUUGAUACAAUCUUAAAAAACAGAUUAACCUUUAAUGUUUCUAAUUUGAUUUUAUCCUUAUGUUUACCUUUGAUUCAUGGUGAUAGUAACUGAAAACACAAGAUGUAUAAAACAUACAUCAUGCUAAAUGGACAGAACUAGCAAAUGACAUUCAAAUGGAGCUAAGUACAAUUCUUUUGUGUUUUUUUACUCAAAGUAAAUUAAUCACCCCCCUCCCUAAAUACCCUUCAAGCCUUUAAACUCCUUGCCUCAAGGGCAGCGUAGCACUUUUUUUUAUUUGUACCUUCCCUGAAAAGUAGCAGUACUUUAACAUAGCAUCAGAGUGGAUAGAAACGACUGAUGAAUCACUGCAGUUUAAUACAGAAAUCAGAGUUAUUCUUUUCAUUCUGAUUCUGUAGUGAAUCUUCUUUAUUUCAGUGUGACUGAUGAUUUAGUUUUUUUUUUUUAUUCUCCACUCUUCCAAAGAGAUGGAGAGAUCAUUUUGGUCAAUGAAAUGUGCAAAAGGUGUUUUCCUAAACUUAUUUAAAUUAAUUUAAAAAAACAUGAUCAUGUUAAGAGAUGUUUUGAAUGAAAACUUAGAGAGAAUGUGGUUUUAUGGUCUUGAGAUGAGUCCAGCUGUUUGCAUGUGUGACUGUUUAAAGCAGAGGAUCAGAUCUGUGUUUGACUCUGAAGAUGGAAAGAUGUGUCCCAGUUUCUCCCCCGUAAUUUAUUUUAACCACGGUUUGAUUUGACUAAAAACAUUUCGAAAUAAUCAAUAUGGAUUUCAGAUUAGCUUAAUGAUGAUAGCUUUCUUCAAUUGUGUUGUUGAUGAACAAUAAUGUUCCAAAAUGCAACACAUAACAAAAGAAGGCACUCUUCACAGCUGGAAACAAUUAAAUCUAAUUGCACCCUUGAAAACAGAAUUAUUAAGGAAAACAAAAGUAUUCAAUCUGUGUUUCUUUAUCUUUGUUUAAUCUUGCUCCAGAGUUGCAGUAUCAUAGCACAUUUACUGUUGGUAAGCAACUGUAUUUUAUCUUCAUUUCUUCUAUUUAAAGUGCAAAAACAGUAUGAAGGAUAGAGACUGGUCUAGAGCACAUACUGUUUCGUAUUCAUUUGUAGUAUGGAGUUGGGGCACAGCUUAAGGCUUGUAAGAAGAGAAACAAUCUGAUCUGGGUUAAAUGGAUUGUUUUCCUCUUUGCUUUGUAGAAGUGAAUUAUGUCAGAUUGAGAAAAAGUGAUGCAAGAAAUAAAGAUGUUCCAAUUUUUUUUUCAUGAGCUUUGAGAAUCAACAUGUUGUGUAGCAUCCACACCUGACAAGGUUAAACAUGCUCAGAUUAGUUACAGUGUCAGAUCCAAACCUCUGCUCCACUGCUGUUAAAGGAGCUGGUAUCAAUUUGUGACAGUGUUGUCAAGGCGACUUGAGCAGCAGCCUCUCCUUCAGCUCUCUGAGCGCUCAUAUAAAAAUGGUUUUCAAACUUGUUCUGAAGUUUAUAGCGUCCCAUAGCACCAUAAAUGCUCAGUCUUUCUAUCAAAUAGGAAAUGAAUGACCUUUUGUUGCCAGUUGCCACUUUGAUCAUGAUUAUCUCCCCUUUUUAACAGUCCCUCUGGUUCUCUACAGUGUUGAAUUAUUUGGUGUGAGCCUGUUUUGGGGGUUUUAUGUAUUAUAAAGUUAUUUUAUUUUUCAUCCUUCGAUUUGAAACAGCAACAAAGCUGCUGCUAUUAACGAUGUGGUGGAACAACUGGCCUUCUUCUCCCUUCACAGACUGUUGCCAUGGUGACAAUAAUGAGAACAGGUGCAAAAGUCUUUCUGCAUAUUAUUAUUGGCUGUACAAAAAAAACAAAGUUUG